ACUCGCUCCGCGCCUGCGCAAGAUGGCGGCGCCCAUGGCGGCGUGUCGGGGAGCCCGGGCCAUGUUGGCGCUGCUGGGCCGCGGCCUGGCCGGGCCGGCCCGCGCCGGGGCCGCCGUGCUGGGCAGGGCAGAGCCCGCCUGCAGUCCUGUGCUCCAGGCAGCCAGGGGCUAUGCCAAAGCUGUAACAAAGAAGAAGAAAGACAUCCCCAGCCAUCUGGAUGACCUUCCUCCCACCAUGCUGAAGAAGGAUUAUGCCAAGCUCCCAAUAAUGAACAGUGUGGAUGAUGUAGUGAAACGACUGCUGUCCCUGGAAAUGGCAAGUCAGAAGGAGAAGAUGAAGGUAAAGACACAGCAGCUGGUGGAGAAGGUCAGGAGGUCUCCCAAUGACAAUGGCUCCUUUGAGGUGCAAGUUGCUAUUUUGACUGCCAGGAUACGCACGCUCGAGGAGCACCUCCAGAAGCAUCCCAAGGACAAAAAGAACCGGAGGCUGCUGCUGAUGGGUCUGGACCGGCGGAGGAAGAUGCUGGGCUACCUGCGCCGGGUCAACUACAGCACGUUUGAGAACACCUGCAAGGAGCUGGGCAUCCAGUACAGCCCCCCACAGCCCUACAGCCGCCGCGUCACCAAGCGCUGGCUGGUCAAGAAGGCUUUGUGCAUCAAGGUGUUCGAGGAGAAGCAGAAGCUCAAAGCAGCUGAGAGACUGAAGCAGAGGCGAGAGUGGCAGGCAAGAGCAAGGGCUGCACGGGAACAGCAGGAGAAGCAGGCACAGGAGAAGCAGGCACAGGAGGGGACACCUGUGUAGUGGCACAGCCAGGCUGGCACAGACAGGCUGACAAUAAACACCUGCCCAAAGACCUCAA